AUGUUCAGUCAAAUAGCAAUCAUCCAGAUUAACGUAGCUUGCCGCAUCUUCCACAGUCUGGCGAUACGAGCGAAUCACCCGCCCACACUCAUCAAACCACACAGCAAGAACCUUGCCUGCAUUCCGGCCCUCCUCGGCAAACGUCUUCGCAUCGAUGAUGUAGAUGCGGCCCAUGAUCAGAGCCAUAUGGUACUCGUCAUAAAAAAGGGGCCACGGCAGCGCGUCCUCUUCCGGAUCAUAGCCAUCCAUCUCUGCUUGCUCCGCAUCUCCGGCUUCGGCCUCGAUUCCGGAAUCAAGAGCCUCUUUCACGCUAGUCUCGUAUUCCUCGGCGGAUUCAGAGCUUUCUAA